GAACCAAUCAAUCCACUUUAAUCAUCACAAUUUAAUCUCCUGCAAGUCUGCAACCUCUGUUUUUUGGGUAACAGAAAGGUGCACAUGGUAGGAACUAUGAAACUGAGAGUCGCCACCUUAUCUUCUUGGUCUAGUCUAUAAAAGACAAUUCAGCACACAAUUCCCCAUGUUUUCCUAUCCUGAAUUUUAGGCAAAGACUCUGCUUGUCUCCAAUGUCUCCCCCAAAUACUCGGAUUCUUGUGACCAGAAAAAAAAACUGACCACAACUUGGACCCAAUAAGUCCCUUUCUUCAAGGCAUCAUUAAUACCACAAGUUUGAUAAUUUUAUUCAGAUUCACGAAUCUUCCUUGAAUUACUAAAUCCCACCUCAGUUCCUAUAUAAAUACCCUCAACAGCCUUUCAAUUCCUCCCCCAUCCCAUUCAAACCUCAAAGAUUCUUUCAACAAAAAUGGCAAAAAUGGUUCUUUUCCUUCUCUCUGUCGUCUUCACUUUUUCACUUGUCUCCUCAGACAUGUCUAUUAUCAAUUACAACGCCCACCACCCAAAUCAUGGCCAAAGAAACUCUGGCUGGAGAAGUGAUGAGGAGGUGAAGAGCGUGUACCAAUGGUGGCUUGCAAAGCAUGGCAAAGGAGUUAACGGACUAGAAGAGCAAGAGAAGAGAUUUGGGAUUUUUAAGAAUAAUUUGAGGUUUAUUGACAAACAUAAUUCACAGAAUCGCACGUACAGAGUUGGGUUGACCAGGUUUGCUGAUUUGACAAAUGAGGAGUACCGUGCCUUGUAUUUGGGCACUAGAAGCGACGCGAACCGCAGGGUCAUGAAGUCCAGAAACACCAGCCAUAGCUACGCUUUCAGGGCCAGUGACAAGCUGCCGGAGUCCGUGGAUUGGAGAGAGGUGGGUGCAGUUGGUCCGAUCAAAAAUCAAGGAACUUGCGGGAGUUGCUGGGCUUUCUCGACCAUAGCUGCUGUAGAAGCAAUAAACCAGAUCGCAACGGGGGACCUAAUCUCGCUAUCAGAGCAGGAGCUUGUGGACUGUGACAGGACCGAAAACCAAGGAUGCAAUGGAGGUCUCAUGGACUACGCCUUCCGCUUCAUCAUGGAUAACGGCGGCAUAGACACCGACCAAGAUUAUCCCUAUCAAGCCAUUAACGGCCGAUGUGACCCAGUUCGGAAAAAUGCAAAGGUUGUUAGCAUUGAUGGGUACGAGGAUGUUCCCCAAUCUGAUGAGAAAGCAUUGCAAAAGGCAGUGGCUCAUCAGCCCGUGAGUGUUGCCAUUGAAGCCGGUGGACGGGCCUUGCAACUCUACCAGUCGGGUGUAUUUACUGGUGAAUGUGGCUCAGCCUUGGACCAUGGAGUGGUAAUUGUUGGAUAUGGAACAGAGAAUGCUGUGGAUUACUGGAUUGUGAGGAACUCAUGGGGCACCAAUUGGGGUGAGAGUGGUUAUAUCAAAAUUCAGCGCAACGUGGGUGAUACUGGCAAGUGUGGAAUUGCCAUGGAGUCAUCUUACCCUGUCAAGGAAAGCCAAACCUCUGGUACCUUUAACUGGAUUGAUGUAAACACUCAGAUCAGAGGUGCUUGAAAAGCUGUUUCCAUGGCUGUUUCUUAUCUGGGUUAGAAGAAAUAGUCAAGAAACCUAUCAGGUUAGAUAUUAGAUAGUAAAAGGGAAUGUCUUUGUUGAUUUCAUUGGAUUUCCCAUGAAUCCUUCCUGGUCUGAGUACUGAGUAUGCCAGAGGAGGUGAUGGUUAUGAUUAUUUGGAGGAUCAGUAUGUAAAUAGAUUGUCUCAUUCGUGGAUUCUGAUGCUGUUGGAGCCUCGAUGUUAUUUGUCAUUUCCUUUGAAGUUAAUCUCAAUUUACCUAGUAGCUUUAAUUAGCUUCAAUGCUGUAGUCUUAUGAUCUGCCUGUAUUUGAGAUAUCAAAUAUAAGAAUGGCGUUCUUAAGAUUCCCA